CCCACUGGCGGCAUACCUUCACCAUAGCAAAGCUGGAGACGAUGCUGCAGACCACACAAACAAGUUAAUCCCCAUAGAUUAAAUUCCUCCCAAACCUUAGAACUACUCUUUCUGUUGCUAAUAAUGUGGGACGUGCCUAGCUUUCUGUUGCUAGUGCGAUGUUUUAUUGACGAAUCAAUUUAUUCCUUCGUAUCUUCGGCACCGACUACUCGUGAUGCUUGCCUAGCUUUCUGUUGCUAGUGCGAUGUUUUAUUGACGAAUCAAUUUAUUCCUUCGUAUCUUCGGCACCGACUACUCGUGAUGCUUGGUUAACGCUAGAGAAACUGUAUGCUAGCAAUGCCCAGUCUCGUAUUAUUCAUUUGAAAGGGAAACUCGCAAGAUUGUCAGAGGAAAUCGAGAUGUUCUCGAUUUUGUUAAUGAUCUCAAGAGUACUGCUGCUGAACUCGCCCUUAUUGGCGAACCGGUGAAGGAUCUUGAUCUGGUGGUGCACUGUCUAUGAGGGCUAGGAGAGGAAUAUAAGUCGUUCUCUGCCUCCGUCCGUGCUCGCGGUCCAGGCCUCACACUGGAGGACCUUGUUGAUACUCUGGUCGAAUAUGAAGCUGAUUUGAAGACUCUGCAACCCACGGUGGUUCCCACCGCAUUCUAUACUCAAGGGCAGAGGUCCGGCGGUGGCCCCUCUUUUCUUCGCUCGCCUCGCGAUGCGCAGCAGCAACCCUACAUGGACUUCUCUUCCGCCCGCUCUCUACCUGGUCAACUCCAGCGGGCCUCAGCCCCAUCUUCCCAUUAUUAUACAGGGCUGACCUCCCCUCGUGAUUCCUCAACAACACCUCAGCGCCGGGCCCGCUUAAUUUGCCAGUUUUGUGAAAAGUUGGGGCACACUGUUAGGCAGUGUUUCCAGCUCUUUCCCCAGGCCCGCCAGGCCCAUCUCCAACAGCGUCAGGCUCAACCUCAGGCCCAUGCCACGAUCUCUCGGCCCUCUUUUGCUCCAUCUGCUCCAAUUCAGCCAUCUCCCACUCCAUGGCUUAUGGAUUCUACGGCUGCUCAUCACGUCACGGUGGAUCUUGGCAACCUUUCUUUAUAUUCGGAUUAUGCUGGUCCCGAUGAAAUAAUUAUUGGCAAUGGCUCAGGUUUGCGGAUUAGCCAUAUUGGCUCUUCUCAUCUCUCUGCUGGUUCCCGUUCACUUUCUCUUCAUGAUGUUUUACAUGUGCCUGCGAUCAAAAAGCAUCUUAUCUCUGUGGCUCAAUUAUGUCGUACUAAUCUAGUGUCCGUGGAAUUUUUUGCCACAUAUUUUGUUGUGAAGGAUCGUCGCACGGGGGUGCAGCUGAUGAGAGGGGAAAACAAAGGUGAUGUGUAUGAGUUGCCGCCUGAGACUGCACCAGUUCGUAUGGCGCUAGUCACCACUUGCACUUCCACAAAUUCAUGGUGUCGCAACCGCCCCUUGAGAUCAGGCGUACUGCUCGCGAUUCGCUCGGAGUCGCCAUCGACCUUACUUGGAGUGGAUCGAACACUCAUUUGGCCCGGUCUCGACCUUAGGGUCGAAAUCGAUAUUUGGUCUGCGAAUUUUUGAGAUUUGGGUUCGGGAGUACGGUUACAUGUGGGAAAGUGUAUUCACACCCCACAAUGCCCAAAAUUGGUACUACUUAAAUCGAUAAGUUUUUAAGGGUUAGAUGUAUUAUUAUUUGUGGCUUUAUUGAUGUAUUUUAAUUUUAUGAUUCGAUUAAUUAUGUGUUUGUUAUUAAUAUUUGAUCAUACGUCUAUUGACGCAAUUCUCAAAAUUAAAAUAAGAGAUUUUGGUUAGUUGGACUCAAACCUAUUGGUUGCCUACGUACCCGAGUAGUCGGGAUCAAAGUCCACGUAGUUCGUUGUCGAUAUUUAUGAAAUGAUCUUAACACGUUCUAUUCAUCGUGAUUUAUGAAAUGUAUUUGAUGAUUAAUCUUGGUAGUAUAAAUUGCCAUAUGUGGUAAAUAGAUUUAAAGUGGCAAAAAAAUAAUUAAUUAUUAAGCAAAAAUGUUUUAAUUGAGAAUUAAUAGGGGAUUAGUUGCAACUGAUCGUGGGGUUGCUUCUAAAAACGAAAAUGGGGCCUUGGAAACUCCUUCCUCCUCCUGACCUCCUCUAGUUUUCUCUGGAAACCAAAACGAACCAUAGGGAAGAAAAGAAACGAACUCCUCUUCCUUGCUUUCCUCCCUCGCUUCUCUUUCCCAGAUACGAAAAUCUUCAUAUCGGAUCUGCUUCCUUCUCGUUAAUACUCUCAACUUCUACUUCUUACCCCUAUCCCGUGUUCUUUCUGGAAAUCGAGAAAACCCCCAAAAAGAAAACGACGAUGAUGCUCCGAAUAGCCCUCAAAUCGACGAUAAGUCAAGAUUCGAGGCUUGAAUGUUCAUUUUCAUGGUUUGAUUCUGAUUUUUGCUGGGAUUCUGAACUAUUUUUUCGUUUUCUUGGUUCUGUUUACGGAUGAGGGGAGAAUAAGAGGUCAACGUCGGCAAACUCUGCUGACGCGGUGGAGGCAGCUCAAAUCGUGAGUUUUUGUUUCUGUCCUAGGUAUAUAUUGUUUCUGAUGGGAUUCUAAUUUUUUUGGGGGAUUUUGUUGGUUUCGAUCAUGGACGAGGGAAAGAAGCAGCGGGAACGGAAGGAAGAAGAGGGUCGCCGCCCGCAUCUUUGUUUUUUACCGGCGGCGGCGACAAUGACAAGAGGUGGACUUUUGUUUUGGUAAGUUUUUGGGAUUGGAUAAUUGAUAUUUGCUUGUUUGAGAUAUGAGGGCUAAUUUUUUUUUAUGAAUUGGAGAAAUUGGGUUCAUUUGUGGUUAUGAAUCCUGAAAUUGGAGAUGGGGAUUUGCUUAUGGGAUUGGGGUUGUUCAUGGUGGUUGGUUUCUGAAAAUUGUGUGGUAUUUAUGAAUGGAUUUGCUUCUGUUUUUGGGGAGGUUAGGAAAGUUUGUGUUGGAUGGCGGAAGUUUGGAUUAAAAGAAGACGCACUUAAAACAUAGAAAGGUAUUUCAAAUACCUUCCUAAAAUUGAGUCUAAUGCUUGUUUUUUAAGGGAAGGUAGAAGUGAGAUGGUAAAAGAUGACGACGAUGGUGGUGAUAUUGGUUUUGGUUUAGUGUUCAAAGCCUUACAUAUAUAGAUAGAUAGAAGUGAUUGCGAAUGAAGAUAAUGAUGAUAGUUAUAGGAUUGAGAUUUGGUAUUACCAACCGUUGGUUGUUUGUAGCGCUUGGAAAUGAGUCUGGCUUUUGUCGUUGGCUCCCAUGCUCUUGCUUCACUUUCAUCCAAUUCUACAGCUACUCGGCUCCUGUCUUUUGUGUUUUAGCUUCUGUUUGUUCUUUCUUUUUCGCUGGGAUUGGUGGUGUGCUUGGAAGGGACAGAGGUGAAGAAGUCUUCAGUCCCCUUUCUGUAUGUGUAUGGCUAAAGAAGAAAGAAGUGGAAAUGAACUCUUUUUUGCAUCUUUUUGUUGUCUUCUAUCUCUGUUUUCUUUCCUUUUUGGGCUUCAUUUGGUGGCUGGAAUUUUGAACGAGAAGGAGAAAGAGGAAGAACAAGAAGAGAAAAAGAAGAAACAGAAGGAAGAUUAUAAUUUUGGUCGCCUGUAUAGAGGGAAAGGAAAAUUGCUAGCAGGAGAAGAAAGUAAGUCCCAAUUCCCCCUUUCUGAAAGAGCAAAAUGGUUCUUUUUAUAGGGAAAUGGUGGCUUGGGGAGCAAGUAUGCUACAGUACCGGGUUAGGUUAGACCAGGUUUGGGUUGUCGGUUAGACCAGGUCUGGCUGUGUGGUUUUGACUUUGGCUUGGAAACGAGUUGACUUUGGUUGACUUUGCACUUUGACUUGGGUUUUGUACUUGACCUAACAACUAUGUAAGUUUUAUUUUGUAUUUGUAAUGUAAUUGUAAUGUAAUUAUCAUUUAUUGAGACUAUUAAUGAAUGCUUUAUUUUUAU